UGUUGGAAGUGAUAACAGAGCUGUACGUUUUAAUUUUUCAGAAAUCCCUCAAGCAGAAAAUGGUAUAUUAUUUAAUCAUAAAAAUUUUAUUGGAGACUUCCCACGUACCACUAGAGGGAGCCCGUGUACCACAGUUUGAGAACCACUGUUCUACACGAUCACAUUGACAUGGAUAUAGAAUAGAUCACAAAUAACAUGGCAUGAGACAACUUGCUCACUAGAGCUUCUACUGCCUUUUGCAAUGGAUACAGAAACUCUUCAGAAUGACAUUAUAUCUCUGGCGGUUCAUUAUCCUCUUUGGUCUGCUCAGCCAACUUUUAAGGUCUUUAUGGCAAGAACACUAGCCAUCACAAUUUUUCCACUCUUGUGCAUAAAAUGAAGGCUCCCUCUUUUUUGAACUUGAAUUUGUGCUAAACACUUGUUGACAUGACUGAUGACACUAUACAGGAACUGCUGAAACAGGAGUAAGAGUAUGUGGUUCAAUCCAUUCAGUCACAUUCACAAAGUGAGGAUCAGUCUGAAGAUAAUGGACAAAGAAUAGGAAGGAACCCUGACCCUAACCCAGUUAUUAACAAUUCAGAUUACUACUGUAAGAAAAUCCAAAACCGGUUAUCUGUUACUGAUGUUAAAUAAAUAUAAUGAUGCAAUCUUUUAAUGCCCACUUUAAUUUAUGAUGAUGUACAAUUGAGUUUUGUUAAAUGUCUUACAUUUCAAAGUAAGUUAUGGCAAAACUAUUAGCAAACUUUCAUGAACCAUUGAGAAGCUCCAUAAUCUGCUGUUUGUGGGAGGAGGUGGGGGUGUCAGUUCAAUCCAUUACAGUCAAAUGGUUGUUGAUAUGAAGAAAAUUAAAAUAACAAAAAGCAUAAAAAGUGGAUAUUUCGCUGAUUGAUUUACAAUUUGUAAGUAAAAAUGGCUUUUCACAUUUUUAUUUAAAAGAUACACACUGAAAUGUUUUACAGUGAGUCCAGACCCAUGGCUUGGGUGACAUCCAUAAAAAAUUCAACCUGCAGUUGACAGAGAGGGAAAACGAGGCAAAUGUUUGUUCUGCGGUAUCUAAAGGAUACAUCUCUGGCUUCUUGUGGCUUUAUGAGGACUGGCAUAGCAAAGAUAACCAAGAUGUUGCCAUAGCAAUCCGUCAUGCACUCCUGUGCUGCCUCCUUAAGGCCACUGACAGCACUGCAGGCAGGCAGGCUUUUCUAUCCCAGGGAGGUAUCAGACUCCUAUAUCAAACUGCACAGACAUGUUUAUUAAGCAAAAAUCUGGAGUGUUUGGUGGAGCCAUCCGUGCAGCUGAUGAGGAAGUGUCUUCCUAGAAUUCCUCUACCAGUCACAUCAGAUCAGUCUGCAUAUAGCUUUCUCCUGCCUGGUACACCUGCUUUCACGGAUGUUAGUGAGACACCAGAUGAGAGCAGUGAUGAGAGCGAUGCUGAAGAAGCUGAAGAUAACCAUGAGGCCAACAACAGAGACUAUGAUGAUGACUUGGAGACUGACCUAAACAAACUUCGUCUUCCUCCUGACCCUGACAGACCUAAAGAGCUGCUUACACAGUACAGCUGCUUUUGUCCUGAGCUGUCACAUGAUUUCCAGGAGCUGGAUCUGAGUUCAGAGACAGGGGAUAGUUCAACAGCAUCAUCAUCAUCAGAUGAUGAGGUAGUGCUUAACAAGGACAGGACAAAGACUACUGCAAGUCGAGAUUCCUCUACCUCUGAUGGUUCUUACUCAGAGAUGGAAAUAUCCAGUAGAGACAUGCCAGCUGCUGCCCAUUUAGAAGCGUGUGAUUUCCACAGUCACAGCAGCAUCCUGGGCACAAGCCCUGGGUUCAGGACCAUGGUUAGAGGGGCAAUGGGAGAAGCCUCCCCAUGUCAGAGAGAAGAUGAGCAAGAUAAUGAAGAAGAUGGAACAGAAGAAUUUUAUCAUCAUACAUUAAUAGACAGGUUACUGGAGCGGCACGGAGCCGGUAUUCCCCACCAUGAUCCCAAGCUAUAUUGUGCUGUAGCUUCCAAAACCAAAUCCAUUCCAGAUUUUAGCAUCCUGGCCUUUCCUGAUUUCUGGGGUCAUCUUCCACCACCAGGACAUCAACCCAUGGCCCCACGCAAACCCAACAUACAGAGACAGAAAGUGUUUGAAGAUAUUCAGCGUUUUCUGAAAACUGAUGACAUCAUUAACCAUGUUGUCUUUGACCUCGAAGAUAGCAAUCUUCAGUGUCAGUCUGAUUCUUUGAGGUUUUUUUCCAAGUUUGAAUCUGGGAAUCUGAGAAAGGCUGUUCAGGUCCGCAGAUAUGAAUAUGACCUCAUAUUGAAUCCAGAUGUUAACUCUUCUCAGCAUACCCAGUGGUUUUACUUUGAAGUUAGUAACAUGGCAGCCGAUGUCCCAUACCGUUUUAAUGUCAUCAACUGUGAGAAGAGCAACAGCCAGUUCAACUAUGGUGAGGUGGUUUGUGUGUGUGUGUUCCCUCAUUUAUAAACUUAAUUUGUCACUAUUGUCAUUAUUGCUUUAUACAUAAAUCAGUGAUGUCACAUGGUACUUAUUUACUCUCCAAAUAGGCGUGCAGGUGUUUGUGAAGAAAAUAAGCACU